ACUGAACUGCAACCCUGGUGAGAUUUAGAAGGCUGUGGAUGCUCGCAACUUGUUCGUCUUCAAAAUUGUCUUUUUUACCGUAAUUUAGGGGUUUGGGACAGAAUUUACAUUUAGUACCACAGUCUACAGAGGACAUAGACUUACCAGGUUGGAAAACCUGUGCAGGGUCGGGCUAAAUUUUGUGAAAUUCGUUCUUGUUUUUUUUUUCUUCGCCCAAACAAAGAAACCCGCGCAAACAAGAUGGCGUACCAGCUAUACCGGAACACCACCAUCGGUAAUACACUACAGGAGAGUCUGGACGAGCUCAUACAGUCCCAGCAGAUCACCCCCCAGUUGGCCCUGCAGGUCCUGUUACAGUUUGACAAGGCCAUUAACAACGCUCUGGCUACCAGGGUCAGGAACAGACUCAACUUCAAGGGUCACCUGAGGACGUACCGUUUCUGCGACAACGUCUGGACGUUUGUUCUGAACGACAUGGAGUUCCGCGACGUGGCAGACAUCAUCAGAGUCGACAAGGUCAAGAUCGUGGCCUGUGAUGGGAAAGCCAGUGCAGGGGGCACCAGAGAUGACUAACCCACUACAAC